AUGAAGAGCAGCAAGCCUCAACCGCCCAACUUCAUCAGCAAGGAGAAACGUGAACGUAAGAAGAAGGAAAAGAAGACGCUCAAGGCGAUCGACGAGUUUAUCAAGCACAGCGCCGCCCAGCGGCAGACGCUGGCGGAGACAAGCGAUUGGCUGAACGCGUCGGAGGGACUAUUAGAUGAAUUCAACGAUGAGGAAAGUCCUGAGCAGAAGGAGCGAAUGAUGAACCAAGUGCACCGGCGUAUCGUCAUGGCCGUCCUGACGGCACAGAAUUGCGCACAGAAACUCCAGCGUCUCGGCGAGAGCAUCUUCUCUGACACCGGGAUGCCCGCGGGAGACGCACGCCAGUCGCCAGCUCCAGGCGCGAGGCGCCCCCCACCGGGCCAGCCGCGGGUACUGCAGGAGGGGGAAGUUCUGGACGAGGAAACGAUCUUGGCAGACCCGGAGAACUGGAGGGCAGCGGCCAACCAGGUGCGGAAAAUACUCCAAGACGCCACCAAAAUGGCGAGGACCAACAAGGCGCGGAACGAAGUGCGGGAUGCCAUCAAGCAGUUUGACUUCAUCUCUGCAGCAGUUGAACGCAGGGCGGAUGAGCUGAGGGACAGAGACUCUCAGAUUAUCGACCUGAAGGCAGACAUCGACAGGCUGAGCAACACCAAGGACCCGCAUGACGGAGGACUACAGCAACCGCCCAACUUCAUCAGCAAGGAGAAACGUGAACGUAAGAAGAAGGAAAAGAAGACGCUCAAGGCGAUCGACGAGUUUAUCAAGCACAGCGCCGCCCAGCGGCAGACGCUGGCGGAGACAAGCGAUUGGCUGAACGCGUCGGAGGGACUAUUAGAUGAAUUCAACGAUGAGGUAAAGAUGCAGUCUUUGCUGUGUGUCUAG